AUGAGAAUCCUAAGCAUUUGUGUGGUGUUUGCAGCCUUUGUGGCCUUGAGUGCAGCCGAGCAUGGCUCUGGCACGAAGAACAGAAGGGAAAGUGCCCUGGACAAGAUCGUGCCCCGUCUGUUGUGGAACCUGCGACGUGGCGACAACAACCAGGAGAGUCACAGGCAGCAGCCACAAGUCAUCAUUGUGCAGCAGCCAUCCUCGAACUCGGAGGAUGACAGGCAUCACCAUCAUCAGCAGCACCAUCCCCACUAUCCCUACUAUCCGUACUACCCGGCACCACCACAGACGCGUCCGCCGCAGCCACAGUUCCCGGGAAUGGAGUAUCUGGGCACCGGGAGCGGAGGUCCCACGUUCUUGAUCGUGAACCCCAACAACAUGCAGGGCAUUUAUCUGCCCAGUUCCGGCAACAGCUCGAACACGACGAGUGCCAGGAGGAGUGCUUUUGCGCCAUCGUUUGCCGAUCUUUUGCAGGGCCUGAACUUGAACGAUCUGGCAGAUGGAAGUCUCUUUGAAGACGACACCGAGGUGGUGGAGGCCGCAGAGGAGGCAAGUCCGGAUGCCCCUGCUGUUGAGAACGAACGUCCAGCAGUUUCUGCGGCUGCCCAGGAGGAUGAUCACGAUGGAGAUCUACUCAGCGAGGACGAAAUCGAUGCCUUGGACCGUCAGAACAAUCGUGGCUUGAGCCCCAAGCUUCUGUUCUCGAUGCUCAUGCAGGACAAGCGUCGCAGGCGCAUCCAGGAGGUCCUGGCCGGCAUUUACCUGAGGAACACUCAUCUGAAUAGAAAGUGAGCC